AUUCACCAAAGACAAAACUUCAUUUGUUGUUCUCAUCUGUUGCAACCUGCUGCAUUUUGUUGGUCAUGGAAAACUGAUGUGUUGCAGAACAAACACGGUAAGAGAAGCUGUGGUUGUGUCUUUGUUUCUGUUAUUAAUUGCCAAAUCGUUCACACCUCUCAGAAAUCGAAAUGGGUUUUGUUGACCCGCUCAAGGACCUUUCUGUGCCUGAAAAGAAGCAGGCUAAGUUUGAGUGCACCAUCACUAAGGACGUGUCAAAGGUCAUAUGGUUCAGGGGGACAGAGAUUGUCACCCCAAGCCCUAAAUAUGAAAUAAUUGAUGACGGAAAGAAGCACAUGCUGAUCAUAAACAACUGUGAGUUUGAUGAUGAGGCUCAGUACACGAUCGAAGCGUUGGGUCAGAAAUCAGCGGCCCAGCUGAUGGUGGAGGGCAUGAGGCUGAGUUUUGUCCAGCCGCUUCAGGACCAAACGGUCAAAGAAGGUAACUCGGCACGCUUUGAUCUCGAGCUGUCUCAUGAAAACGUGCCAGUGGUCUGGUACCGAAACGAAGUCAAACUCCAUGUGAGCCGAACGGUGCUCAUACAUGUGGAAGGAAAGAGACACACUCUAGAAAUGAGGACACUGAGUCUAGAUGAUACCUGUCAAAUUAAGGCAGAGGCUAAAGGCAUUUACUCCAUGGCCAAACUGACGGUCGUAGGUAACUGCGCUUCCUCGUUUCCUUUUCACUUCUGUUUCAUUUCACAUUAGCGUGACUUACGUGGCUCACUUUUUCCAUUUUCACAUUAUAUACUGCAUUACAAGACUGCUCUUCACAGAGAAAAAUUAUGAAAAUCUACAAACUAUUUGUAAUAAACCAAAACCACCCAACUCCCUGUC